AUGGUAUUAACCAAAAAAAUCAUUUUCGUCUUCCACAUCUUCUUGAUCUCUUUGAAAUUGCAUCCUGCAAAAGCACAAACGUGGAUCAAGGCUGGUUACUGGGACUCGAGCAGCGAGUUUCCCAUUUCACACAUAAAUCCUUCUAUUUUCACUCACCUUCUUUGCGGUUUCGCCAAUCUCGAUUCCACUUCCUACCAGCUCUCUUUAACACCUUCCGAGGAAGAGCAAUUCGCCAAGUUCACAGUCGCUUUGAAACAAAAAAAUCCAUCGGUCACUGCACUUCUAUCCAUCGGGGGCCAACGUGCUAAUUAUACAAAUUUUUCUUCAAUGGUAAGCAACUAUUCUUAUAGAAAAUCUUUCAUUGAUUCUUCAAUUAAAAUGGCUCGAUUUUAUGACUUUCAAGGCCUAGACCUUUGCUGGAUGUACCCAAGGACAGGAUCUGAUGUGUUUAACAUGGGUACUCUCUCUGGAGAAUGGCAAGAUGCAAUCGAAUUAGAGGCUAGAAACUCUGGACAGUCACAACUGCUCUUGACAGCAAUGGUUGGACAUUCACCAGGGAAUUAUCCAAGAACUUACCCCAUAGAUUCGCUGCAACGACACUUGAACUGGGUUCAUGUUAUGGCUACUGACUGCUACACGCCUAUGCGGAUGAAUGUUACAGGCCCUCAUGCAGCUCUUUUUGACCCAAAUAGUUCUGCAAGUACUGAUCAUGGGAUAGAGGAAUAUGGAGGGUUAUCAUCUAGAAGGUUGGAUUUGUGUUUGCCUUGUUAUGGAUUUGCAUGGACACUUUUGAACCUUGAGGAUAAUGGUGUUGGUGCACCAGCCACAGGACCUGCCCUUAAUAAAUAUGGAUUUCAGAACUAUGAAGAGAUAUUGAAUCUCAUUCAGAAAUAUUGA